CAGCAAUCUUGUUGCAUUUGGGAUGCCUAAUCUGCCACAACUUCUCCAACUUCUUUUCAUUUCAUCUACUGGACAUUUGUGCAUACGUGCAUUCUCCUCUUGAUCGGCAUUGUCCUGCACAGGGACCGAAAACAUUGUCGAGCUCGUGCUCGUCACCGAUCCGCAGCUGAUCAUGGCCUCGAACAAUGUCUCUGCCCUCGUGGGAGCAGACGGCCAUGCCAUCACCAACACCUCCAGCAAUACUACAAGUCCUCUCACCUUCUCAGAGCAGCUGAGUGGGUUGCCUCAGUUUUUGCUUGAGAACUGGGAUCUGUUCGUUCUCGAGUUUCGCAUCGUCUUCACGGCGUUAGCUUGCAUAUACAUAGGAGCCCAUGGCGCCCUUCGCCGUCCACCAUCUGCGGUCCCAGCAAAGUCCAAAAAGCAUGGAGCCAAGGGCAACCAUCACGACGAGGAAGAAGAUCUCGUUGAAGGUCUCAAACCGUCAGAUGCUAUCCUCUUCCCUAUCCUAGCUGGUGUUGUUCUCAUCGGCUUGUACAAGCUCAUCAAGUGGCUUGAGGACCCAGACAUUAUCAACAAAAUCCUGGGCGCCUACUUCUCCGUCAUGUCGCUCGCUAGCCUGGGCAAGCUUCUUGCAGACACAUUGCACAUGGUCACAGGAUUCAUCUUCCCCAACGUGUGGCGCGCAAAGGACGGUACAUUGUACCAUAUCGAUGCAGAAAAGAAGGGCCAGUUUCGUAGUAGCCCUGGUAGCGAUGAGCGAGUGUUGGACGGGACCCGGAACACACCCUUUCCUGGGUAUUGGUCCAAGAGCGGUGGCUCUGCUCGCAAGACUGACCUGUACUGGGAACUCCGCAGGCUGUUUACGGAGCACUGGACGAUUCGCUUUUCCAUCCACGGACUCUUCAACGAAAAUCUGCGCAUCAAGCUAAACGACAUGUUUGGUGUCGUUCUCGCGUUCGGAGCGACCGUGAUCUACUACACGACCAAAUCAGUCCUGCUCUCGAACAUUAUGGGGUAUGCAUUCUCGUAUGCGGGUAUAAUCAUGAUGUCGCCGACAACGUUCACGACCGGGAGUGCUGUGCUUUUCGGGCUCUUCUUCUAUGACAUCUACAUGGUGUUCUACACUCCGUACAUGGUUACGGUUGCCACGAAAUUGGAUGUCCCAAUCAAGCUGGUCUUCCAAGGGCCUAAGAAGGCAAGCAUGCUUGGACUUGGGGACAUUGUCAUUCCCGGCAUGUUCAUUGGUCUUUGCCUCCGCUUCGACCACUAUCUCUACUAUCACCGCCAGAGAAAGCUGGUGCCGGUCGAGCUCGAGACCGAGACCAAGGUUGCUGGCCAGCUUGCAGUCAGCACGGAGACGCAGCGCAUGGUGGUCAAGCCCGAGUACAUCAAUCCCCAAGGACAAUGGGGGGACCGGUGGUGGAGUACCAAGCUCACCGGCAUUUUGUCUCCGAGUGCUACGCCGUCACUCAAAGCAUCGGCGUUUCACAAGACCUACUUCUAUGCCGCCAUGGCUGGGUACUUGCUUGCAAUGGUAGUCACGCUAGCCAUGCUGCUUGUCUUCAACCAUGCUCAACCGGCUCUGCUCUAUCUGGUCCCAGGCGUUGUGUUCUCAGUCUGGCUGACCGGUCUUGUGCGCGGCGAGGUUCACGACAUGUGGGUAUACACCGAGGAUGGGAGCCUGGAUGGAUCGGACACCAUCGUGGAGGUGGAUGAGGACGGCAACGUGACCAAGGAGAUCAAGAAGGAUGAGCAGAAGACUGAUGGAGAAAGCAAAGACGAUGCGAAGGCUAUCGAGGGCACAAAGACAAACGAUGUCUCCGAGGCUAAAGGAAAGGAAGCUGUGAGCAGCAAGAGCACCACAAAGGCAGUAGAGCACUGCGUAUUCAACUUCUCAAUCCUGGCGCCUGCUUCAUCUGAGGCUGCUUGAGCACCAAGAGAUCAUAGACUGAAGAUAGAUGUCAUUACAGAAGCACCUACAGAAUGGAUCCCGUUCUGCCCAGCUAGCAGCACGUC